GAAGGAUGCUGUGGCUGCUCUUCCUGACCCUCCCCUGCCUGGUGGGCUCUGUGCCCGUGAUCCCCGAUCCUGGCCUGGGGACCGAGGGUGUCGUCAGCGAGCGUGAUGUCCCUGCUGGGAAGUGGCCAUGGCAGGUCAGCCUGAGAGUCUUCAACAAAGAGCAUGACCAGUGGCUGCACGAAUGUGGGGGCUCCCUCCUCCACCCGCAGUGGGUGCUGACCGCGGCCCACUGCGUCGGACUGGGCGUGCUGGAGCCACACAAAUACAGGGUCCAGGCUGGGCAGCUGCGGCUCUAUGACCACGACCAUCUGCACAAGGUGGCCGAGGUCAUCCGCCACCCCAACUACAACGUGAGCCGGUCUGGCUCGGGGGGUGCGGACAUCGCGCUGCUGAGACUGGAGGCCCCCGUGGGGCCGUCGGAGCGCGUGCGCCCCGUCAGCUUCGCUCCCGACUCACUGGUGCUCAGCCCCGGGACGCUGUGCUGGGUGACGGGCUGGGGCACCUUUGGGGCCCAGGCCCCGCCGGCCCCGGCCCGCCCCCUGCAGGAGGCUGAGGUCCCCAUCGUGGAGAACCGGGUCUGCCAGAAGAUCUACAGCCAGGGCUCGCCUGCCGGAGGCCACGUCAUCAAGGAGGACAUGCUGUGUGCAGGGAGGAGGGGGAGGGGCUCCCGCCAGGGCGAUGCUGGGGGCCCCCUGGUCUGCUACUGGCUGGACAUGUGGAUCCAAGUGGGAGUGCUGAGCUGGGGCCUGGCCUCCGGGCACGUCGACUAUCCUGCUGUCUAUACCCGGGUGAUGACCUACUCGUCCUGGAUCUACCAGCACGUCCCCCUGUGGCCUUGAUGGGCCUGUGUGGGCCGAGGAGCCAGUCACCCCUGCCGCCUCCCCCAGUCAGCACGCCGUCUCCUGGGGGCCCUGUCCCCUCGGCGCCCCGUCCUUGUCGGACUUGGGGGCCCAGGAGGCAGAGGAGGGGCUGGGAAGCUGGUGUCUCCUUGACGGUGGGCAGCUUGGGGGAGAAGAGCCGGGGCCUCGCCUCCUCCCUGCUCCCUGCUGUCUAUUAA